AUGAAGAAAAAAGUAGAUAAUAGAAUAAAAAUAUUAAUAGAAAAUAAUAUCGCUUUAGGUCAGAGGAGCAUGUUUUUUGUUGUAGGAGAUGAAGGAAAGAAUGUGGUUGUAAAUUUUUAUUUUUUAUUAAAUCGUUUAAUAAAUCGAACACAUAAUAUAUUAUGGUGUUAUAAAAAGAAGUUAGAUUUUUCAACUAGUAAAAAAAAAAGAUAUCGUGAAAUGAAGAAGAAAAUAAAAAAAGGUAUAUAUGAUCAAACUGUAGAUAAUAAUUUUGAUAUGUUUUUAAAAAAUGCAGAUAUAAGAUUUUGUUUUUAUAAAGAAUCAAAAAAAAUAUUAGGAAAAACAUAUUCAAUAUGUAUAUUACAAGAUUUUUCUUAUAUAACUCCUAAUAUAUUAUGUAGAUGUUUAGAAACUGUAAUAGGAGGAGGAUUAAUUAUCUUUUUAAUAAAUAAACAAAAUGAAUUAAAAGAUUUAUAUAAUUUGACUUUAAAUUAUCAUAAAAAAUAUACAAUGAAUGGUAUAUGUAAUGUAUAUAAUAAUUAUAUACAUCGAUUUUUCUUAUCAUUAAAUACAUGUGAAAAUGCAAUGUUUAUAGAUGAUGAAAUGAAUAUACUACCUUUAAAUGAUAAUUAUUUAAAAAUAAAAAAAAUAACACCUAAAGUGGAAAAUGUAGAUGUGGCACAUAGUUUGGAUAUACAAAUGAUGAAACACAAAGAGGAUCAAAGAAAAGGUCAACAAAAUGGUAGUAUUAGCAACAAUAAUAAUAAAAAUGAUAAUUUUAAUAAUAAUGAAAAUUUUAAUAAUAAUGAUAAUUUUAAUAAUAAUGAUAAUUUUAAUAAUAAUACCCUUCAUCAAGCCAAAUCUGCGACGCUGGGAGGUUUUUUGUGUCCUGAUAAAAAUUUGUUACAAGAAAAAUUAAAAUUUUUAGAAAGCAUAUGCGAAGAAAAUGAGAAAAAAAAAGAAGAAGAGAAAAUAUUUUUAUAUUCUUCAAAGUUUAUAAAAGUAAAUAAAAUUGGAGAUAUACCUUCAAGUAAUAAUAAAAGUCCACAUGAAACAUAUGAAAAUUAUGAUAGUGUUACAAAUGCUAGCACAACGGCUAAUACUUACAAUAAUAAUUAUAAUUCUAAAAAAAAACAAAAAAAAGAUGUAUAUAGUUUUUUAGAUAGAAAUAUAAUGAAUUUAUUAAAUAUUUGUUUAAGUUUAGAUCAGUUAGAAGUUCUUUUGAAUAUGUGUAAAAUAUUAAGAAAUGAUGAAGAAAAGAAAAAAAAUAUUAAAGAGGUUCUUUUUAAUUUAUUAGCAAAUAGAGGUAGAGGCAAAUCAGCUACAUUAGGAUUAUUACUUUCUUUGAGUAUAUAUUUUAAUUAUAGUAAUAUAAUAAUAUGUUCUGGAAAUAAUGAAGGUGUUCAAACUAUUUAUGAUUUCUUAGACAAAGGAUUACAUAUUUUAGGUUUUAAUGAAUUUAAAGAUUAUGAAAAAAUAUAUAAUAUGGGUCAAAUAAAAGAAAUUAUUAUUUUUAAAAAUAUGAAAUAUUUAAAACAAAGAAUCAGAUUCUUUGAUAUUAUUGAAGAAGAUAUAUUAAAUUCAGAACUUAUGAUUAUUGAUGAAGCUGCUUGUAUCCCUAUAGAUAUUUUAAAAAAAAAAAUUAAAGGAGAAAUAACAAUAUUAUCAACAACAUUAAAUGGAUAUGAAGGAACAGGUAAAACAUUUACAUUUAAAUUAUUAAAACAAUUAAAAAAAAAAUUCAUAACACAUUUAUCAUAUGAAGAUUUUAAAAAUAUGAAUUUCUUAUAUUUUGAUAAAGCUUUUAUUGAUUUAACAUUAACAAAUCCUAUAAGAUAUAGUUAUAAUGAUCCAAUUGAAAGUUGGCUAAAUGAAUUUUUAUGUCUUAAUUGUAAUGAACCUACUAAUAUAAAAGAAAAUGUUUGCUCACCAUCAAACUGUGAAUUAUAUUUUGUAAAUAAAAAUAUUUUUAAAAAUUAUAAUAAAACAAGUGAAACCUUAUUAAAAAAAAUUAUGACAUUAUUUAUAACAUCUCAUUAUAAAAAUACACCUAAUGAUAUUAUUAUGAUAUUGGAUUCUCAGCAACACCACUUAUUUAUAUUAAUAAAUAAAAACAACAACAAUAAUAAUAAUAAUAACAACAUAUUGGAAGAACAAAUUGGUGACCUAGAUAUAUAUGGAGUCUUACAUUGUGCUAUAGAUGGAAUAAUAAAUAAUGAACACAUUAAAAAAUCUCUAAAAUUAGAAGAUAUUAUUCACUUAGUAAAAAAUAAUGAUACACAUAAUGAAUAUCCUACUACAUCACAUAAGAAACAAAUAAAUGACACCAAUGAUGAAGAGAUAGAAAAGAAAGAAAACAUGAAUCAUCUAAACGGUGACAACAACAACAAAAAUGAUAAUAGUAGUAAUAAUAAUAAUAAUAAUAAUAGUAGUAAUAAUAAUAAUAGUAGUAAUAAUAAAGAACUCUUAAUAAAUGAAUAUGAAGGGAAUUUAAUUCCUUAUAUUAUCAGUGAUUAUUUUAAUUAUUAUUUCUAUAAUUAUAUUGGCAUACGUGUCGUACGUAUUUCUAUACAUCCAUCAAUGCAAAACUUAAAUUAUGGAUCUGAAUUUUUAAAAAAAGUUUUUAAUUAUUAUAAUGCAUAUAAUUCAAAACAAAGACAAGACAACAAAAAUAAUAAUAAAACCAAUUGCAGUGGUUAUGAUAAUAAUGUGGUAUAUAAUGACAAUGUCAUAUUAUUUAAUUGUAAUGGUAAAGAUAUUUAUUUUGAUAAGAAAUUAAAACAUAUUGAUUAUAUAGGCACAUGCUUUGGACUAACCAAAGGGCUUUUAAUCUUCUGGCAAAAAAAUAAAUUUAUUCCUGUUUAUUUAAAACAACAAAAAAAUGAUAUAACAGGUGAAUUUAGUAUUCUUAUGUUAAAACAUUUAAAUGAAGAUCUUAAAAAUAUCAUUGCAAAUUUUUAUACUGAUUUUGUAAGAAGUGUUACUAAAUUAUUACCAUAUUCAUUUAAACAUAUGGAAUCUUUUAUUGUUUUCAACUUAUUGAAUAAUAAUAAUUACUCUAUUAUAUCUUCAAAAGAAGAUAAUACUUCUAUAAUUGAUAAGGAAGAUAAUAAAACGGAUAAUAAUAUCUCAAAACAUAAUGGACAUAUAAAAAAUCAUCAACAGAAUAAUAAUAAUUCUUAUUAUGAAAAUUAUGAAAAUCAACACUUGUCAUUUUAUGAUAAUAAUCUUAUAAACAAAGAAACAGUAUUUUAUUUUUUUCAUACAAAUGAUAUAUGUAGAUUAAAAAGAUUCGUUUUAGAAGGAAGAAAUUUUUAUGAAAUCCUAUAUCUAUUAUCUACUAUAGCAAACUUAAUAUUAUUUAAAAAAGUAAUCAUUAAUUUGAGCUUUUUAGAAUAUACAAUAUUAUAUGCUGUAGCAUUUCAAAAAAAAACUUGUCAAGAAAUAUCAGAUGAAAUCAAAAUUAAUGUAAAUCAGACAAAUGCAAUCUUUAGAAAAAUAAUCCAUCGAUUUUAUAAUUACAUCAAG